AUGCUGUAUCUGGGUCUAGGUACCUUCACUUCAGCACUCGGCAUCGCAGUCGUCUUCGCAUCUUCUUAUGCCUCACCAUCGGUGUGGUCAUCACCACGACGCAAACCUACAUUUCGGAAGGCCUCCCAUCCCACACCCCGCGGUCCACUUCUCGCCUUCUUCCCCGUCUUCUUCCUGAUCGUUCUGGACCUGCAGCAGAGACCGGGGAGAACCUCAUACCUGACCGCCAUUGCCUCCGAAUGGCCUUUCUCAGUAAUCUCUGUCACUCCCGCCAUAUGUAUGCCAGAGAGCCCCGUCUAUCUGAUCCGCCGAGGCAACCUGGCUGGCGCACUCAAAGCUCAGAAGCGUCUCGACUCUCCUCAGGUGGACAGCCGUGCAAACCUGAACCAGCUACAGGCGUCCAUACGGCAUGAGGAAGGGAAAGCAUCCGCCAAUGGACCCAAAUAUGUCGACUGCCUCCGGAAUACCGACUUGCGGCGAACGGGCAUUGUGGCACUUGGUGUUCUUGCAAAAAACUGGCGUGCCUGA